GUCUCUGGCUUCAGGACUAAUACCGGUAACCCGACAGCGUUCUCUGAUAGAGGCCUGAUUUUCGAAACGCAAUUCAAAAAUGCUAGAGACCAACGCUGACGCGGAUUGUGCAUGACAGGCCUGGAGCACUACCAUGGUAGCGCGAAAAGGAUGUAGUACUCUAUUACAUACCGUCGAAUACAUGCGUAGGCAAUUGACUCCUCCUCUCGUUUCCCCUAGCCGAGUCAGCGGCGAGGAUACAGGUAAUUCCACCUCUUUGAGACACCUCCGAGGCCAACCCCGCAGCUACAACGUAUAACCUAGGUAAUCGAAUCGUCUGCAGCUGAUUGACUACAUCAACAGUUCUAGUCCCCAUUUCCAACCCCCUCACAAUCUCUCAAGUCUACUAGAAAAUCUACCUCCUCUGAAUUGCUACAUCAAGUGAACUCCGCCUCCAUCUUCAUACAGGCAGUCGAACCCACCACCGUCAUGGCCCUCUUCUCACCCUCAAUAUCCGCUCUCCACACCCUAAAGUCAACACCAAAAACUAUUCUCAUAACGGGAGGAUCUUCCGGCAUUGGUCUGGCAACAUCAACCCUCCUCUCAACCCUGAACCCCUCCCACAACCUCGUCGUGCUUGACCUGCGACCCCCGCCCCGAUCCUUCAACCAUCCCUCCUCGAAUCUUCUAUUCCACGAGUGUGACAUCACCUCCUGGGUCUCCCAACGCGCUGGUUUUGAAGCAGCACACAAACGCUUCGGCCGUAUAGACUGCGUCUUCGUCAACGCAGGAAUCGCCGAACAAGGCGACCAAUUCUUCAACGACACGCUCGAUAGUGAUGGGAAACUCGCUGAGCCAGAUCGGAGAACGUUGACCCUGGAUAUGGAUGCCGCGGCCGAUACAACGAAACUCGCUAUCCACUACUUGCGGAAGAAUGGAAAAGACGGGGGUUCAAUUGUGUUAACAGCUAGUCUGGCAGGCUAUCUAGCUUCAGCAGGGGCACCAUUGUAUUCCGCGGCGAAACACGGUGUUGUGGGCUUGAUGCGAGCGUUAAAGCAAGAGUGUGCGAAACUAGACAUUAGCAUAUCGGUUGUUGCGCCUGCGAUAACGGUCACGCCUAUUUUGACGGCGAACAACAGCGUCUUGGCUAUGGAGCCGGAUGUAUAUGCGAAGGAGAUGGCGAAAGCGGGUGUACCGAUUAACAGACCGGAAGCUGUUGCUUUGGCGGUGUGUUGGUUGUUGAAUGAGGGGACCAAGGCGAACGGUGCGGGCAUAUUCAUCCAAGCAGAUCGAUUUGCGGAUUUGGAGAAAGGCUUGGCGAAGAGCAGGCAGGCGUGGAUGGGUAAGGAGAUGUUAGAUCUGUUUCGUGGGGGGAGAAACGCGCCAUUGUUUGCGAGGCUGGAGCAGGAGGGGGAGCCAAAGGCGAAGAUAUGACGUGACACGGGUACUCAAUAAGUAGGAGGAUGUUGUACAUUCGUGCGUAUAUGACGGAUAACGCAUCGUGGAUAACAAUGCCAAUGGUCGAUAUCUAUAUCCAAUCCCAUAUCAUAUCCCAACGUUUCCCUUUCUUGCCAUCCAACGCCAUCGCUAUGCUAGCAAAAAGAUAAACCAAACCCCUAGUCAGGUACUCACUUCCUCGCCCUCUUACUGCUAACCUCGCUGCCUUGAGAAAACACGCUUGCACUUCUCUUAUGGCCUUGUCCCGAUGCACCUUGACUAGUCGCUCUUGACUGCUGUUUACUAUCAUCCUCCCCCUCUGCAUCUACAUCUCCAUCGUCGUCUUCCCCAUUAAAGCCUCCCUCAUCUUCCUCGCCCUCAGCGUCAUCAUCAGGAUUAUCACCGUCGUUGUCGUCUUCUUGAUCAUCCCUAUUUGCCUCGGCGUCGUCCCCAUAGUUUUUGUUGACAUCGUCCUCAUCUUCGUC